AUUGAUCAUCUUUUCUGUUUCAGUUUGUAAUACUGCACUGAAAAUGAGACUUGCCAGAAGAGAGGUGGUGUCUACGGCUGUGGUUGCUUGCAAGGACAAUUACCAAAUCCUGAAAUCUUUGAUGCUCUGGAAACUUGUGCCAGCAGCACUGGCUUCAUAUCUCUAUCCCGCUGCCAGCUCUUUGAAUCUGGUUUUCAUCCUGAGAACCUGCACCUAAAUGACCCAAGCUGCAAAGGAACCCUGGAGAAUGGCAGACUUCUGUUUUAUUUUGACAAUGAAGGUCACAUAUGUGGUACCACUCUGACGAGCAACAGGACUCACUUCAUCUACCAAAACUCCAUUCAGUCUAACCCGAGGAACACUGACCAGAGCAUCAUUACAAGAGAAAUAUGGAUGAACAUGACAUUCUCUUGUGCAUACCCUCUGAUCCAGACCCUAUCUAUGCCUAUGGGUGUCCAAGCCGAAGGCGGUUUGAUAAGUGAGGAACUUCCUGCUGGCCAGGGCACAUACCAGAUCCGCAUGAUUCCCUACCAUGAUGCACAGUUUACUAGCCCAUAUGAUGGACAGGUACAAGUGGAGGUGAACCAGCAGAUGUAUGUGGCUGUGGAUGUGGAAGGAGUGGAUAGAAAUCAAAUUGCAACUGUUCUGGACAACUGCUGGGCCACACCUGUUAAUGAUUCUGACUAUCAUAUUCGCUGGAAUCUAAUUAUGAGAGAAUGUCAGAAUCCUGAUGAUGGGACAGUGGAAGUUCUUCAGAAUGGCAAUGGCACAACAAGCUAUUUCUCCUUCAGAAUGUUCACCUUCUCAGGAAUUUCUGACCGCAUCUUCCUGCACUGUCAGGUUCAUCUUUGCCUUGUACAGAAUGGCAGAUGUGCACUGUCAUGCGACCCUGGAUAUAGACGUAGAAGGCGCAGAUCUUUGGACUUCUACCACUCUGCAGCAAAUCACCAUGGGUCUUUAAGAAAGCUCAGUAAUCCUGAUAAAUGAAAUAUUAUGCAUUUAUAAUUCAAAUUAAGUAAUGAACAGAAAAAAAAACCUCUCUAAUCAAUCUCUGUAUACAUGCAUUGAUUUAUUACUAUAGACUAGGGGUGUCCAAACUCGGUCCUGGAGGCUGCUGUCCUGCAUAGUUUAGUGUCAUCCAGCUCCAAAACCACCUGUCUGGGCGGUUUCUAGUAUGCCUAGUAAGACCUUGAUUAGCUGGUUCAGGUGUGUUUAAUUGGGGUUGGAGCUAAACUCUGCAGGACAGUGCCCCUUCAGGACCGAGUUUGGAUACCCCUUCUGUAGAGGAAGUGUCAUUCAAAACAGUACAUACAAAACUUAAUUAUUUUAGAGUGUUGGGUGGAUUUGACUAACAUUUACUAUCAAUGGAAGCUGUGUCUUUCUCUUUGUUCAAGGAGUAAUCUUGGAGCACAAUUUAACAGACUAACCUUGAAUAAACCUGCUUGGCAAUGA